AUGGCCCCAUUCGAGCUCUAUAUCCCAGACAACUUGUCUUUCCAAGACUACAUUGCUGUUGUUCAGACGGCCCGCGCCUGGGCUGAUGGAUACGACCUAAAGGACUAUGAUCAUCUUGCCGCUACAAUCGCCCCCGAGGUUAUCAUCGACUACACGCUGAUUGUUCCCGCGUGGGGGUCACGAACACUGGCAGCCGAUGAGUUUGUAAAGGAAUGGUUAUCGGAAGAACACCUUGGAAAUAAAGCCCUGGCGACUCAGCAUUUACUAGGUCAGCCAUACUUCAAGCUUGUCACAGAGGAUGAGAUCAUAGUGCAAUGGCAACAGCUCGCUAGUCACGGAAGACGGGAGAACAGUGCUCUAGAUUCGUCAAAUAAGAUCAGCGAGACGAGUGACGGUCGGAGUUGGAUGGAGCAUCGGUUUAUCAAAGUAGAUGGGAAAUGGAAAAUUGCCAAAAUCACUCCAUCCUUGUCAUAUCAGACAGGUGAUUUUCAGCGCGUGAGACGCGCGGAGGGAGCCCCGUGA